UGCCCGAGGGUGCACGAGGGUGGACGGUGGUCGCGGCAGGUGUCUGACCGGGCACGAGCUCUAAGGGCAAUGAUGCGAGUGGAUUGGCCGACACGAGGACCAGACAGGACAGAGAGGAAGAAUCCGCGAGGGGAACGUUGAAGGUUGAACGACUGGCCAAUUGUGGCGGAGGAAGAAACGCGGCGGAAAGAAGAGGAAGGGAGGGCAGAGACGGUGUCAACUGCACAGCUGAUCGCUGAUAAACAUGAGAGUGCCGCGUAACGCGAGCGUUGUGUCCGUUUGUUAACUUGAUGCCAUCCAAUCGAACGAUCCUUAUCCACCGUGUGACAGAGUUGUAGAGAGUUGUCCGAGCUGUUCAUAUCCUCGAUCCCUUCGAGCAAAGGGAUUCGCAUCGAGGACAACAUGGCAUGCCCUUUUUCGCGGGAUCUCUCGAAGGCUGGCUGCGACGAGCAGGCUGGCAGGGGGGACAAUGAUCGUUCGAGGAUCGCCAGAUUGGGAAGAGACGAUGGUGGCAAGUCUAGGCAAUCGUCGUUCGAAGUCACCUCGUUGCUGAUGAGGGAGGAGACCGAGGACGCGGAGGACACGCAGACCCUCAACCUGAAGCACCUGAGGGCGGCUGUGCUCGUGCUCACGAAUCCAUCGAACGAGGUGGUUGCCGUGGCUCUUGGGGCAUUGUUGAGCAAAGGCGAGGAAUCGUUCCCAACCGCGAGGUCUCUCGAGAAGCUGCUGUGCAACGUCGAGGCCGAGGAGAACUAUAACUUACUGGAGGACAUUUACGAGACGUUAAGUUAUGACUGCGACGUGGACGUGAGCACGUUUUUCGAUCAGCUUGGGCAGCAAGUGAUUUAUACAGCUUGCGUUGGUCUACUGGAACGAGCGUUCCGCUGCCUUGGGAACAAUCUGACAGCGUUCCUGACCACUCUCGACGGCGUGAACGACGUGGUGCAACAUCAGUCCGGAUCCGAGGCGGAGGCAGAGUUCGUAUGCAUCGCCACGCCGGAAGCGAUCGAGCUCCAUUUCACGACAGAUCACCCUUCUGUCGCGUAUUUACUGGUCGGAAGUCUGAAGGGUAUCGCAAGACAGUUUUACAACGACGAUGCCAAUGUAUACAUUCUACCCGAUCCCUACAAUACGAAAUUUUUUAGGUAUCGUAUCACUCCAGAACUCUACAGCGAGCAUUUGGUAGUACCAGAAAUCGACGACAAUCUGGAGACCUCCCUGUUCCGUCCAUUGUCGACCGAAGCCACGGAUCUUCGUAUGGGAGUAGCUAGUUUUUGCAAAGCAUUUCCAUGGCAUUUCGUGGUUGAUCGGCAAUUAGAGCUCGUGCAGCUUGGAGUCGGAUUCAUGAGGAUUUUCGGCCAUCAUCUAAACCGUUUGGGAAGAGAAAUAUCGACGUAUUUCACCUUUACACGACCAUGCGGAAUUACUUUGACCUUUCACGAGAUAUUGAAACGCGCGAACACGCUCUUCGUCCUCACCCUCCAAAGACCUCAGGAUGUCGAUAAAUAUCCAGCAGAGGGUUUAGAGAUGAAAGGUCAAAUGGUCCAUUGUCCGGAAUCAGAUUCCAUCCUGUUCGUGAGUUCACCAUUUUUGAAUGGCUUGGAAGGAUUAACUGGCCGAGGACUUUUUAUAUCCGAUAUUCCAUUACACGACGCUACGAGAGACGUUAUCCUGGUGGGGGAACAGGCUAGGGCACAGGAUGGUUUGAGAAGACGAAUGGAUAAAUUAAAAAGUUCCAUAGAAGAGGCAAAUCUUGCUGUGUCUGCAGAAAGAGAAAAGAACGUCAGCUUGCUUCAUCUUAUAUUCCCUCCAGAUAUAGCGAAACGUUUAUGGUUGGGAGAAACAAUCGAGGCAAAAACUUAUCCUGAGGUAACGAUGCUUUUCAGCGAUAUCGUCGGUUUCACGGAAAUUUGUUCCACCGCGACACCGAUGAUGGUCAUUAACAUGCUUCAAAAUCUUUAUGAACAGUUCGACUCGUUUUGCGGUCAGUUGGAUGUUUAUAAGGUGGAAACAAUCGGAGACGCUUAUUGCGUGGCAUGUGGCCUCCAUCGUGACACUUAUAUUCAUGCACAACAAAUAGCUUGGAUGGCCUUAAAAAUGAUACAAGCAUGUUCUCAUCAUCUAACUCACAAAGGCAAACCAAUUAGGAUGCGUAUUGGAAUUCACACUGGAAUGGUAUUAGCGGGUGUUGUUGGGAAAAAAAUGCCAAGGUAUUGCCUUUUCGGGCACAAUGUUACCUUAGCUAAUAAAUUCGAAUCUCUAAGCGAACCACUUCGUAUACACGUUAGUCCAACGACGUAUAUCUUAUUGAAAUAUCCUAUAUCAGGAUUCGAUCUGGAACCACGACAGAAAGAAUUUCUGCCCAAGGAAUUCCCAGCUAACAUAGAAGGAACGUCUUAUUUCCUGAACGAUUACAAGCACAAGGACGUGGAUGUGACUCUACCGUUGGAUCUGCAUAUUCAAAGCGCGAUCAGGGAAUACAGUCUUGGAAGCACUGUGUAGAUAUUUAAAUAAUAAAAAAGAA